GCAUAGAAAGUUGAAAUACGGGUAGGGGGAGAAAAAAAAUGAAGCCAUAGGAAAAAGACCCAUAUCCUGGCAAAUAUUUCUGAUCCGGAAGCACACCUUCUGUACGAGUAGUUCAGUCGACGCGGUUUCGAGCAGAUGGUGGGAUAUUUUAAUUUAUUCGCGUGUAUAUUUUAUUUUCGCUGACGAUAAGACACUAAAAGACGCGUAGACCGUUAAUAUCAACAUGGGUGCGGUUUAAAACCCUGCUGGAGUGGAAAUAAAAGCAGCCCGAGCUGGAAGUGAUCUUUUGGGAGCUGGUUUCCUGACAGUGAGAUGCGACGCCGCUAGGAUGAAGUUUCUGAUCAUUUUGACCCUCACGUUAGCCCCUUUAUGGGUUAAGUGCGCACUGAAUCCCAGAUCGGCGGAGAAGGAGCUGAGAAAUCAGGAAGAGGAGGAAGUGUUUGAGAGCCUCAGCUCAAUGCUGGCAGACUUCGAGGUGCUUCCUGCUUCCAGUCUCCAGCAGCACUCCUUAAGGAAGAGGGACGUCGACUCGCCGGCACAUGUCGAACGUCUAGUCAGCUUCACAGCUCUGAAGAAGCAUUUCAAGUUGUACCUGACCACCAACACUGAGCUUUUCACUGACCAUUUCAAAGCUGUGUUCAUAGAUGACAAAGGGUGGGAGAAGAAUUAUGAUGUUGAAAUGCAAAAUUACUUCAGAGGACAUGUAGUAGGUGAGGAGCAUUCGCGGGUGCAGGCCCACAUGGACGGAGAUGAAUUUUCAGCGCACAUUCUGACUGAUGAAGCCGAGUACAAUGUGGAGCCUUUAUGGAGGUUCACAGAGAAAGCCCCAGACAGUCGCCUGCUGGUGUACCGCUCUGAGGACAUCAAGAACAUUAGCCGACUGGCCUCACCCAAAGUAUGUGGCUACAUCAACGCUCAGGUUCCACAGUUGCUUCCGGAGGAGGCCAGAACAGCAGCAGUGGCACAGAAGGAUGGAGGCCAGAGAGUGCGGAGGCAGGCACACAACCACAAGAAGAACACCUGCACACUGCUACUGGUGGCAGACUACCGCUUCUACAAGCACAUGGGCCGUGAAGAAGAGAGCACCACACUGAACUAUCUGAUCGAGCUGAUUGACAGAGUGGAUGACAUCUACAGGAACACUUCAUGGGAUGAUGAGUUUAAAGGCUAUGGUGUACAGAUUCAUCAGAUCAUCAUAAACAAGUAUCCAACUAAAGUGUCUCCAGGACAGAUUCACUAUAAUAUGGAAGGAAGCCCACGAAAAGACAACCAAGUGUGGGAUGUCAAGAAGCUUCUAGAACAAUUCAGUUUGGACAUAGCAGAUAACGCUUCAGCCGUGUGCCUGGCUCAUCUCUUUACCUAUCAGGAUUUUGAUGAAGGCACUCUUGGACUUGCAUAUGUAGCCUCCUCCAGAGACCAGGCCUUGGGAGGACUCUGCUCAAAACCUUACUAUCCAGUCCCUUCGGUGAAGAAAGCCAGCUACCUGAACACUGGCUUAACCAGCACUAAGAACUAUGGCAAGACCAUUCUUACCAAGGAGGCAGACCUGGUGACCACUCACGAGCUUGGACACAACUUCGGAGCAGAACAUGACCCAGACAACAUUGCCUACUGUGCUCCAAGCGACGAGCAAGGAGGCAAGUUCGUAAUGUACCCCAUCGCCGUGAGUGGCGAUCAUUCGAACAACAAGCGGUUCUCCAACUGCAGCAAAGCCUCAGUGAGCCGGACUCUGAAGGUCAAGGCUCCACAGUGCUUCAAGGUACGCACCAGAAAUUUGUGUGGCAACUCUCGGGUUGAAGAAGGAGAAGAGUGUGACCCCGGGCUCCUCCAUCGCAACGAUGACCCCUGCUGUACAGCCAGCUGUAAGCUGAAAAAGGGUGUGCAGUGCAGUGACAGGAACAGUCCAUGCUGCUACAAAUGCAUGUUCCAAGAAGUUAAUAAGAUCUGCCAGGAGUCCAUCAAUGCCACCUGUAAAGCUAGCUCAUCAUGCACAGGCUACAGCAGUGAGUGUCCGUCUCCUGGAAAUCUGCCCGAUACGACAGAGUGUGUGGAUAGGGGCCGGUGCCGGGGAGGCGAGUGUGUUCCUUUUUGUGAGGCCACACAGAACCUUCGCUCCUGCGCGUGCAAUGAUACGGACAGCUCAUGUAAAGUCUGCUGUAAGAACUCAAGUGGACUGUGCACUCCUUUUAAAUUUGCAAAUGGAGAUUAUCUGUACCUGCGGAAGGGGAAGCCCUGCACCGUGGGCUUCUGCGAUGGCCAUGGUAAAUGCAUGAAGCAGGUACAAGAUGUUGUCGAGAGGUUGUGGGAUUUUAUUGACAAGCUGGACAUCAACUCAUUUGGGAAGUUCCUGGCUGACAAUAUAGUGGGCUCUGUGGUGGUCUUUUCCCUCAUCUUCUGGAUUCCUCUGAGCAUUCUGGUGCACUGUGUGGACAAGAAGCUGGACAGACAGUAUGAGGAGAACUCCAAGUCUCUAAUAUACCCCAGCAAUAUGGAAAUCCUGAGCAGUCUGGAGGGGGCUCCCAUGCGCAUCAUCAAAGCCCCCUUUCUUCCUCCUCCUCCUCCUCCUCCUUCUUCUGUUUCAGCAGCGCGACCCGUGCAGGGACACCCUGGCGGCACCAGCACAUCUUCGCCUACAGCCUCCUCUUCCGAGUCCAGAGCGGAUCCUUCGCGUAUGGCCACCAUCGAGGAGGACUCCAGCGGCGACUCUCCACCAGGGACAGCCUUCUCCCCGAGCUCUGCGGCAGCCAAGUCGUUCGAGGACCUCACCGAACAUUCACCACUAACCCAUCAGAACAGGCGACUGCAGAGACAAGCACGCGUCGAGAGUAAAGAGACCGAGUGCUGAGAGAUGCACGCUCCGUCCAGUUCGCACUUCCACACUCUCUCCGCUGCAAGUACGCACUUUGGUACACGACAAACACGAGCCAUUGUAAAGAAUCAGUUUGGAGAUGAUCCAACAUCAGUAUACUGUAGUGCAGGUGUAUUGUGCUGACCGUGAAGUAUUUUUGGUUAGUCGUUUAAAUUUUUGUGUGAAUUUAUAAAUGUAUUUUUAAAGGAAAAGAGCAGAACAGUAAUGUAUAAAUACCAGAGGCUGCAGUCUAAGAAGCCUUAGAAGAUUUGAUAUUAAAGGGGCCCUCUGUUGCCUGUGAGAUGAAACACAGUUCAAUGAUCCUUUUUCCUCCUGCUGUCUGUGUAUAAACUUAUGGGUUGCCUUUUAGGGAAAAUGCUGAGCUGAGCAGCGCUCCUUUAGCUGAAGGGUGGAGCUAAUUUCAGGGCCAGAAAAAUUCUGUGGAAGCCUAAAAUGACGAAGCUGUUUUAUUACAGAUCUAGAAAUACUUUUAAGCAUUACUAACUCCAUUUUUAAAUUACAGAUGAUAUAAAGAAUAAUAAUAAAAACCGUGCCUUGUAGAACAGCUUCUGCAGAGUCCCACUGGAAUGAAAAACACAGAAAGAGCAGUAUAUUUUUACUAGUCACUGAAAUGCCUGGUGAGCAGUGUGCAUGAUUUCUUGGUACACACCUCUACUUGGAAAUGUGAACAAGUAUUCAAGUGAUCACACACUAUAUUUGAGUAAAGGUCGGCUUUACAGACAGAUUCAAUUCCUUUCCAUUAAAGAUUCAUCACUGGCGGUGAUCUAGACCCGGACUCGCCUCUGCGCGUGUUCGAUCCACUUCUGUCUGAAGUCAUGAUUUUUCAAAUGCAGGAUUUUUGCAGGAAAGUCGCCAGUUUAUGUAUGUAUUUUGUUCUACUAACUACUGCUCAUGAACAUGUCAAACCGAUGAUUUAGACUGGAAUGUGAUUAUGAAUCAAGAAUGAGGUGUUCCUUUUAACACUCGGCCAUUCCUGUCUCUGCUGUUCUGUAGCAGUUCCGGUUACUACGCUUACCGUUUUCUAUUCGCUAUAAACUGCCUGAAAGUUUGAACUGGAAGAGUCAAUGAAAUAUGAAUACACUGAACUGUAAUUUAAAUGCACAUUUGUGAGUCCACAUAAACAUAUCAGAAGGAAAAGUGUUAAAACAUGUUUUAUAUUAAGCCAAGGUAUACUUUAGGUGCUGGUUCUCUUUCUCUCUGUGUGUGUGUGUGUGUGUGUGUGGGGGUGGGGUCCAUAAUUACCCAAAAGCUGUUUUAGAGAAAAUAUAACAUUAUGGAUUUAUGAUUAAGCACUAUUUAUGUGAAUUUAUAUAAAUGUCAUUUUAUUGUUGAAACCGUUGCAUUAAAUUUAAAUCUGAGUAUGCUGCAAUGUGUAUAUUUCAGUUCUAAUACCUAGCUUGUGCUUUUUUUUUGUUGAUACCAUAUUUCAUUCUCCAUUUAUAUCACUCUAAUUGUUACUUAAGUGUUGUAAUUUAUGGCUUGGUGAUGCCCAUAUUUUACUGUGCCAUAAACCCAUGCAAUACUGCUUCUUUUUUUUUUUUCCUUUUAUGGUGUUUAAAAUAUUAUAUAAUGUCUAUUCCUUCCUUUGCUAGAUCAGAAACUUUGUCAUAUUUCGCUUGAAAUGUUUCAGGUUGUAUUUAGUGCUAAUACGAUAGAUUUUGUGUUCUAGAUGUAUAUAUCUUUUUAUUUACUUACACUGUAUGAACCCACAAGAAUAAACUCUACCACUACA